UCUGAGUUCAACAAAUCGAGUUGAUCAUCACAGAGGCAUUCAUUUUUAUACAUCACGAGGGAGCACCACGAUGAUCCGUCGUUUAGUAUACUCCUCUCUUAUCGCAAUGAGCGUUUUCGUGCGCUUUGUUUUCUCUCAAGGCGACGCUUGUUUGUGCGCUAACACACCUCAACCGACAAUAGACCCUCUUAACGUCAGUCCGACGGUGAUUCUAAUCCAGUUCAAGUGCGCUUGUAGUCAGAAUGCGAGCGAAUGCUGUGAUACGAAUGUCACAGUUCAAGCGCAUUACAACGAACUGGGAGGCGACACAAGAGUCAUCGACAAGUUGACAGAAGUCAGUGAUAAUGACCCUUAUUAUUACGUCAUUUUGCAAAAGCUGCUGCCGUUUCAUACUUACAAUGUCUCUCUUGUUUGGAUUUAUUUGAACGGAACACAUUUGACCAGCAGUGCACUUCAAGUGAAAACAAGGGAAAAUUUGUUGCCAUUGGCUGCACCAACCAACGUCUCUGUGUCGACACAUAACACAUCAAUGGAUGUCUCAUGGCUACCAUUGUCGCCAUCACAAAUCGUUCGAGAAAUAGUUGGAUACAGAGUCAUUGCGUCCGUGUGUUUAAGUCAUUCAGACGAAUAUCAUAUUCUUGAAAUAGAGGAAACUUCUUCACCAGACAUAACCUCCAUCCAUGUGAGGACUCUGCUGCAGAACACAUGUUAUGAAGUAACAGUGGCUGCAAUGCAUGGGGAUCGGAAAUCAGGCAAUUCCUCGGAUCCCGUCUUUGUGAGAACUGGAGGAAUGUUGCCAGCGUAUCCUUACUACGUACUGUUCAUCAGCAAUCCUGUUGUCAAUUAUUUCUUCACUGUUGCAUCAUCAGUCAGUCUUGGGUACCUCGGAAGUCCAGGUGUCAUAUCGGGUGGUCAAACGAUUGUGGGAUUUGAUGUUGAUGUCUAUAACUCACAUAUCUACGUUGGUGUUCAGCAUGGACGAAUAUAUCAGUUUUCUACACAUUUGGUGCCGCGAUUUCACGGAGGAAGGCCUGUUUGCGUUGUUGUGUCGAACUUACCCACUCUUGGGAAGUUGGCUGUUGACUGGAUUAAUGGAAAGCUGCUGUGGACACAGGGGUCUAAUUCAAGUGCACUAUUUAUGAUUGUCUCUGCUGCAAUCAGUGAUGCUAAUCAACGUAUCACACUUGUUUCUUCACUGGCCUAUCAACCGUCUGAUCUUAUUGUUGAUCCUCUUCUUGGCUUUGUUUAUUGGUCAGCUGCGACUCCAAACGGCGGCAUCUUUCGUGUUGAUCUUGCAGGACAUAAUCUUGUCACACUAUAUCAAAGCUCGAUGGUCACUGCUCUCUCUAUAGACAAAAACAAGUUUUAUUUUCUUGAGUCUGGAGUGAUUCGAGAGGCUCCAGUGGGCAACCUGACUACAGCAGUGAAACUGAAGAGCUCGGGUGUUGUUGACUUUGUUGCGGCUGAUGGCCUUGCAUACGAGUUUAGGAACAAUUCAAAUAACAUUGUAUUUUAUGUUACGAAGACAGCAACAGGUGAGACUGAGUCCUCUGGUAUUGUGGUUGAAAGUGGUGGAAAAAGUGUUGAGUUUACUACUCUUUAUGGUAACUUACGGCAACCAUUGCCAGAGUUAACUGCUGGUACUGAAGAUCUGCAAGUUUUGUUUGGUACGACGACUGCUCGUGUGUCAUUUUCUGCUGCUGUUUAUGAGAAUAAGUUGGCAGGACAAAGUGGUUGGUCUCCAUCUCACUACAAUCUCCAAUGGCACACAGGAAACAUCUCCAAGACAGUCAGCAUGAUCCUGAAUUCAACAACAGCAACAAUACACAAUCUACAGCCAAGCACUCUAUACCAUUUCACAGUGCGAGUCUACAUUACCGGUUCUCAAAGAAGCAUCGGACAAGCUGCCACAUUCUCGGGCGUGACAUCGUCAAAUGAUACUUGGAGUCAGGUCUUCGCUGUGUCUAGAAGCAAAGGGGUUUUCUUGACUCUCGAUGAGACGUAUCAGAGGGAGUUUGUGUUGCCGGCUCAGCGAAAUGUUUCUGAUGUUGCUGUUUAUGUCGGUAUUUCUUCUGCCUUCAUUUUCUUUAUUGAGAACAAUGAGAUUAACUACAUCAAGGCGAGUGCACAUUCUUCUAGAAUCACCGGUUUCUCUCCGAAGGCACUUCUUCUCAGCUCAUCAAUUGCGAUACUAAACGUGGAGAUUGACUGGCAUUUUGAGCGUCUUUUCUAUUCUGUGGGUUCUGAGAUACGUUAUGUUCAACUCGGAAAUUUAUCAUCAACGUUUGAUGUGGGUUUUGUUCAGAGCAGUGACGUGUUGUUUCGAGAUGUUGGAAGUCAAGUUCGAAUGUUAGCUGUGGGAUCGUUGACAGGGUUGAUAUGCUGGUUCACAAAUGGUGGCAUUAGUUGCAUUGAAUUGAAUGGAAUUAAUGGUUUGAUGCAUGUGUCUACCCCAAGUGUGUUUGGUCUCACAUUUUCUGAUCAAUCUUUAUCCACUUCUGGGAUAUUGUACUCUCUCGUUAUCCAACGGCCUUUUGUCAAGAUUAUGAGGCACAAUGUGACGUCUAGCGGCAUUUCAUCAACUAUUGUUCAUGAAGAAGGAGAUUCAAGCUCGUCAUUUACAUUUGGAUUUUUGGAGAAUAAGAUUCUUUGGUCAAGUCAGUCGAAUCAACUGCAAAUAGCAGAAGUUGAUUCUCCACUUCCUGUUUCUGUAACCAAAUUGUCAUUGCCAUUUUCACCAUCUGCAAUAACCAGUCUGUUUAAUCAGCAAGCUUUACGUUCAUCAUUGUUGUGCAACAACCUGGCCACUGUAACUCCUAACUUAACCGACACAAUAACGUACAAGGAAACCUCUCCUUUCUCUAAUAUGUAUGCAGUCGAGUGGAGUCCAGCACGAGUCGGUUGUGGUGCAACUCCAAACUAUCGAUUAGACAUCACGUUCACAUCGCUUGAUGGAAACACAACAAUGCACAGUGACGUGGUCUCGUCAUCAAGCUACUUGGUGAAGACAUCAGACAGUCCUCCGUUUACACGUGUUAUGGUUACAGUUCGUGCUUUUACUCGUUGGGCACAAUCAGAGACACGAAAUGUAGUAUUCCGUACUCGUCCAGCAAAGCCUGGUCCACCUCAAAACUUACGAGUAUUCUACAUCUUCAUGGGUGCAACCUACAAUGCUACAUUCAGAUGGAAUCCUCCGCUACUAUCAGAACAAAACGGAAAGAUCAUUAGCUACACAGUCAGCGGUAGAACCACAUCAAAUUAUUUCUUUAAUGAAAGCAGACGUAUAGCAGGUAAUUCAUCCGCCUCAAAUUUUUAUGAAUUUGUAGCCUUUGGGAAUACAACGUACACAUUGGAGGUUGCUGCUGUAGUAGAGAGUGCCGGUGAAGGAACUGCUGCAUUACUUAAUCAAAUGUUUGUCGUUGGAGCAUCUCAACCUAUUCCAACAAUCACACUCUUGACCGAUUCAAAAACAUUCGACGUGGACAUCGAUGAUCUAGCCAAGUCUGAUGUCACAUCGGGAAUCUCAGUAAAAGAUGGUCUCAUUGUUCAAGGAAUUCGAGAUAACAUCCUUUGUUGGGUGCGGACAGUAACACCAGACAUAAUUCCAAUCGAGGCUGUUGAUUGUCGCAUCAAUGAGAAGACAGUGACGAUCCAACAAGAGAAACGAAUAAGACAUAAUGGAUUGGCAUAUGACUGGAUUUCUCGACGAUUGUAUUUAAGCACUGAAGAGUUGUUGGACAGCAGCAGCGAGACGAAUAUCUACAAGUGUGACUUGGAGGGUGGUUGUGUGAGUUUCAACCAGUGGCCUAAAUCAGCUGGCAAGAUCAGUACGUUGUUAGUUGAUGCAACACGCGGAAUCUUGUUGAGAGUUGUGACGAUCAAUGGACAACAUCAGCUGCAGUUCGAGUCGAUUGGCAUGUCCAACAAAAGCAGCAUACGACAUGCACGAAGCUCGUCUUUGUGCGUCAAUGAUUUACUUGGAUCAGUAGGCAUCGCUCUCGACGUUUCAAAUCAACAGCUAAUCAUUCAAUCCAAUCACACAAACGAUUUCUACAGUUGCUCGUCCGUCUCGCUCUGUGGCUGUCAACUUGAAGUCAACACAAGCGAACUAUUGCCAUCAGUGAGCGUGGGAGAGUACGGCUUGUAUGGGCUUCCAGCAGCAUCUCUUACAGUCGAUUAUCGUUUUAUUUACUGGAAGGGACCAACAGACAUGCUUUAUUACGUUGACAGACGUAAUCCUAAUGUGUUGCUGUCACGUGAUUAUCAUGGAGUCAAGGCUAUCGUAUCUGAUACCAUCAGCCAGCAGCCAGUUCCGGACAACUUGAGAUGUUUAGCACCAGGAAAUGUUGUCGCUGAUGCCGUGGAUGUAAAGAAUACGUCAGUGUUGUUGAUAUGGGCAGCUGCUGGUGUUACAACGGGAUGCGAGGGCGUUGUGUUUGAGUUGGCAUCUGUUAGCUAUACUGUGCGCUAUUGGGUAGCGUCUGAGUUGGUUAGCACGGCAAAGGUGCGUGAAACUAGUGACACUAUGCUUAUAAUUGAUGGGUUGGAUGCAUUCACGGUGUAUAACUUCCAAUUGAAAGCUGAAAACUAUUGGAAUGUUGGAAGAGGAAGUUACUUGGGCAUUCGCGAACAAAAAACUGGAGAAGGCCUAUCUUCUGCUCCUCGCAUUCCCAAUAUCCAACUAUUACAUGUUCCCACACAAAUCACUAUCUCAUGGUCUGCACCAGAAAACCCAAACGGCGUCAUUCAGUCAUAUAGAAUAUACGUUCAGACAACAAACGAGAAAAGGUUGCCGAUCAUCACUGGAGCCUCCACACUCUCUGCUAAUGUGAGUGUUGAGCCAUCAAAGACAUACACAAUACAGGUUGCUGCUGUAAAUUCGAUUGGUGCCGGUCUGCGAUCUCCUCUCAUGUCGGUCACGGUUUACGAUCAUCCGCCUGCUCCGCAACUUUCUGCCAUUAACCAGACGUCUAUUAGAGUGACACUCAACGAGACAUUUCUCUCGACUGUCAGCUACUGGUCAGACUACAAAAUCUAUUAUCGUUGCAAUAGAACAAGUGGCUGUUUGGAUAGCUCGUGCUCUAAUGAUAGCAAGCAGUGGAGAUCCGUUGCUCGUACUAGUACAGUGAUCUCGAGUCUCGCGCCUGCGACUGUCUAUGAGAUUAGUUUGGGCGUUGGCGAGGAAGAUUACUACUCAACAAACACAGCUUUGGCUCAGACUAUACCAUAUUUACCUGCUGCUCCUUUUGACGUUGUCGUCAGCAACACAACAGACUCAACUGCCAUCAUCAAGUGGAGUGCCACAUGCGACGAUCAAACUCCCAUCCAGCAGUUUUGCUUCUUAUUCUCUUCUAGUGAAUCGUCUCCUCUUUCCACGUGCAGAGACAAAGACACGUUGUUGGUAAAUCCGACUUCUGAGCUGGUCACAAAACAUUACCACUAUGAGGUGGCUGAUUUGAGUGCACAGACAACAUACAGUGUACAGAUAGCAGGUGAGAACUCUGGUGGUCGUGGAGAGCUGUCACAAGUUGAGCAAUUUACUACAAUGAAGAAGGCAACUAUGGCAAGUAGCUCAAGUGACUCAACAGCCGUCAUAGCAGCUGCUGUAUCUAUUGCAUUUCUCGUUCUUGUGUUGCUCGUCAUUCUUAUAGUAUGCUGGAGACGUCGUCAGACAAAGUCACGGCUUGUCACCAUCACAUACCAUCCAUCUGAAGACACCGAACUGCAGCAACUGCGAACACAAAGAAGAAACACAGGCAAAGACGUCUCACUGAAUUUCAACCCAAUGUACACGUUUGACAACAGCUUGACAGACGGCUUGUCUAAUUUUCCUCGUUCUCAACUUAAAUUGAACGAUUUUCUUGGACAAGGACAGUUUGGUGAGGUUUAUCGAGGUGUGGCACAUGGCAUUAUUCCAGGAGAAGAAAUGACGACAGUUGCAGUCAAAACACUACGUAAAGACGCUGAUGAACAGAUGAAGAAAGAAUUUCUCACAGAAGCACAAUUUAUGAGCAAAUUUUACCAUCCCAAUAUUCUUCGUUUACUUGGUGUUUGUCUCGACAACAAUCCUCAGUACAUGAUCAUGGAGAUCAUGGAAGGUGGAGAUCUCCUCACGUUUGUUCGUUUAGCUCGUCGUGACAACGGUCCACCUCUGUUGACGCUUCCCGAGUUGGUAAAAAUGGCUGUUGAUAUUUGCGAGGGCGGGAAAUACCUUGAACAGCUGAGAUUUGUACAUCGGGACUUAGCAUGUCGCAACUGUUUAGUGUCAAGCAGAGGACAAGACAGAGUUGUGAAGAUUGGAGACUUUGGUUUGGCACGGAAUGUCUAUCAGAAUCAUUAUUAUCGGAAGGAAGGGGAAGGAAUGCUGCCUGUACGAUGGAUGGCUCCGGAAAGUCUUGUAGAUGGAUUGUUCACUACACAAUCGGAUGUUUGGUCUUAUGGUGUUGUCUUGUGGGAAGUCUUCACACUCGGUCACCAACCCUAUCCUGCACAGACAAAUCAGGAAGUGUUGAAGUUCAUCAUUCAAGGAGGACGUCUUGAAAUACCAGAUCGUUGCCCAGAAGAGAUAUAUGGCAUCAUGAUGAUGUGUUGGGCUCACCAACCACACCAUCGUCCGACCUUCCGAGCUCUUCUCGAGCGACUGCGAGUACUCCGAACUCGUGUCAAUCGUCAGAGCAUCGAAUCACAAGUCGGAGACGAAGAAGACGACAUAUCGGAACGUGGAUCGGAUUCCGAGCUCGAGGAACUGGAACUGGCAAUGGAACUGGAUGAAACCGAGCGAGAGGAGUCCGCACGCGCAGCAACAGGAGAAGGGCAAGUUCAUCUGGGAAUGUCUGACGCAACAGAACGAUACGUGUCAGCCAGCACAAUGUCAAGACAGGGCAGCAGGCACGGCAUUCGUCGAUCACUGGCCAUCGCAGCAUCAGAAGGACUGAAUGGCGACGUAUCAGCCGCCUCAACUAGCGAUCAACCUCACUACUCUGUGCCCAAACCGACGAGCAAUGAUAACAGAUCAAAUUCUACGUCACCGUUUCUUGCCAGAAAACCAGGAAGCAAGCGAGGCAGCAAGCGAGGCAGCAAGAGGGCAAGCAAACGAUCGAAAUCAGGAGUGAGUGUUGCAGUCAGUGCUGAUGUGAGCAAAUCGAGAAGCGGCGAUUCAAUACAAAAACUAUCGGGAGGAUACACUGGUAAGCCAUUGGAAGCUUCAUUGUCCGAUGCAGAGCCUGAUCGAGUGGAAAUCCCAUCGACUGGUGUCGUCAUCGAAUUUGGCAGCGCCAGCCGUCUUAUCUAGAACGUUCUAAGUCUGAUGGUUUACAGUAUGAUUAUGUGUACUAUUUUAUAGAUAUUUUAUCGGGUGUAGAGAGUUGAUUGUAUUCGGAAGCGACUGGACGUGAUUUUGGCAGCUCGAAUAGUGUAAUGACUGACAUACUGAUUUUUGAUUAUUUGUAGCUCUUAUUUAAUAUUAGCAACGUUUGUUAUCUGAAUUAAAUUUAGUUGCAGUUUAGUGCCUCAUGUGGCUUGUUGCUGCAGAAAUUUGGUCACAA